AUGCAGGACUUUUCGACAGCACUGCAGGCCUGGAAGGAUGUACAUUUAGAUGCAUUUGGAGAAAAUGUGGCAGAGGCUGCCAAGAGCAUUGCCCAGGCUCAGGAAAGAUCCAUUAUCGCCCGCCAGAACCUGGCUGAGCGCACUCGCGAGUUCAAAAGGCAGCCAGUGGAUGUACAGCUGCAACAUAUUCGUGUGUUGUUGAAACAGUAUCAAGCAGAGAUUGACGCACUCAUGGAUCGUGCAAAGAAAUCAGAAGCUAUUGUACUCCAGACAUGGAACCGCUUUAGAGCUGUCCCAGAUCCCUAUCCUAUUCUCGAGGCGCUUGUCGAUGCUACAAUCCACGAGCAGGAUAUGUCGCAGUUGCGGGCACAAAUCGUGCAGCUUCAGUCAGAAUGCUCAGAAUGGGAGAAUCGGUGCGUGAGUACAGAGGAGCGCCUUCGUCUCUCCAGUGAAAGUUCGACGAAGACCAUGCAUCUGGUCGAUGACGCUAUUGAGUCUACUACGCAGCAAUUUCAGCGUCAGCAAGAGCGUCUCGAGAGUGAAUUGAAGGCAGCAUAUGCACAUAUUCGCGAGUUACGUGAAAGCCAUGAAUUUAUGUCGAGUCGACUUGACUCUCACAAGGAGACAACUCUUGACGCGUCGCAGGUGGAAGCAUGGACGCAAGAUUUAGAAAGGGCCAGGGAGCGGGCCUCCAAGGCAGAAAGGCAGGUUGUUCAAAUACAAGAGAUGAUGGAGAGACAGAAUGCAGCCCAAAUACAGGAAAUGUCCGGCCGCAUCACGACACUCGAAUCACAACUCAGCGAGUCGCGACUUGAGCGUACUCGCGAGGGGCAGAGCAGGGUCGAGGAAAUGGAGGCUCUGCGCAAUGCUAUGACGCGCCAGCAAGAUACCCACACAUUAGCAGCGCAAGCAUGGGAACAAGAACGAUUCACACUCCUUCGUACGCUAAACAGUCAGUCCGACUAUGAUGAUAUCAAGCGGGAUCUUAUUGCUUGGCAAACACGUGGUAUGGACCCUCCUGAAGAGCCUGUAGAGCCCUCAAGUGAACCUGCUGUCCCGGUGGACCCGCUCUUAAAAGGCAAUGCCCCUGAAGUGACCAAAUCCCAUGAUGAGCUGCUACAGGAACAGGCUCGACUCAUUGAGGCGCUUGAGGCAGAAAAAUUACAAGUCCAUCGGUUGACAGAAUUGAAUUCAAAGCUGGAGUCAGAUUUGUCAAAGGAAGAGCCAUCGUCAGGAGCCCUGGUGGGCCUAUUGCCCAUUGUUACCAGUCAGCGUGAUCGUUUCCGGAGCCGCGCUACAGAGCUAGAAAAACAGGUACAGAGCCAGUCCCACAUGCUGCAGGAGCUACGUGAGCAAUUGUCGCAAGCUACGCGAAACAGUGAACGUCAUCUCAGCUCAUCUACAAUCGAAAUGCCCUACCCAGGCCGUGGAGUUAUGCAUGUCAAUGACCAUGAGGAAGCUACUCAGCCCGGGGAAUCUCUCCGCGUUCGUGUACCAACGAAAACGCGCGAAGGCAUCUCUCAACCCAAUAGAGCGACUCUUGCAUGUAUUCGUGAGUGCCGUGCUAUCAAGUACCCGAAUUCGCAAUUUGUUUGUGGGCUAUGUGGCAUUAAUACAUAUACUCAUGUUUGGAAUACUCUUCGAGGCGAGUCAUCGGUA